AUGGUUGAAACAAACGACAAUUUAGUUAUAUACACAGUAAAGGAUUAUAAAGAAAAAGAAUACGAUGAAUUACUGAGAGACAUGGGAGAAAAAGUUCGUCAAGGUUAUCUUGUUGUGUUUCCUACUGAAACAGUGUACGGUCUUGGAUCAAACGCUCUUUCUAGUGACGCGGUAUCGAGAAUUUUUAAAGCAAAAAAACGUCCUAUGUGUGAUCCCGUCAUUUGUCAUGUUAAGGAUGUUGAUCAAGCAUUCACUUUAUUUUCUAAAGAUCAGCACGAAUUAAUUUUAAAAGUUUUAAGGAUUUUGGCCGAAGAAUUCUGGCCAGGACCGUUAAGCUUGGUUGCGGCAGCGUCCGAUAUUGUUCCACCUGAAGUUAUGGGUGGUUCAGGGUUUGUCUCUGCAAGAUGUCCCAAUCAUCCAGUUGCUUUAGAUUUCAUUCGUUCAGCAAAUGUUCCCAUUGCAGGUCCAUCGGCUAAUCAAUUUGGUCAUAUUUCACCUUCACUAGCUCAACAUGUCGCUAAAGAUUUUAAAAACGUUCAUUUGUCCGAUCAAUGUCAGCAUUUUUGUCAAGAAAAACUGUACUUGCUUGAUGCAGGCCCCUGUCGUGUAGGAAUAGAAAGCACAGUUUGUAAAGUCGCAUUGUCUUCGGAUGGUUCUAAUUUGUUAGAAUUGUCCAUUUUAAGGCGUGGCUUUAUUUCUUUAAACGAUAUAAAGGCAGUUUUACAAAAACAUUGUGAACAAUUUAAAACGUUUCGUCAAGGGCAAUAUUACCAUAUGUUUCAAAACGCGAAAUUCAAUGUUAUUGAUAGGUUGGAACCAUUUAAAAAUGAAGGUGCGGGUGUUGAAGAAGCUAACAAGAAUAUGAUACAACCACUGAUAAGUCCGGGAAAUCUCUUAAGUCAUUACGCUCCGUUGUAUUCAACCUUUUUACUAAGUCGAUGUAAGAAAAGCAGCGCAAACUACAAAAUUUCAAUCGGAAAUGAGUCGAGUGUCAAAGCAUUACUCAAUUUAUCAAAUUGUAUUCUUGUCGAUAGUUUCCAAAAAUUUGCGGACAUAAGUCAUUUGUUUGGAAAAUAUUUAUCAUUAUAUGACGGACCACGAAACUCUUCAAAGAAGGAGUCUGAUACAAUGCAACAAAAUUUAUUUUAUCAGUUGCAUCUAGCUGAAGAUAGUGUUUCCAAUUUACAAAAUUGUUCCAGUGAAUCUUUUUUUAUUUGUAUAACGGAUUUUUAUGAAGAAGCCUGUUUAUUUGGUGAAGGUGUAUUAGCGGUGUAUGAUCGUGUUUUCAGAUCUGCUUCUGGAAAAAAAGCCACAUUAGUACCAUAUGUUUAAAGUCAAAAUGUUUCUUGAUUAUUAAAAAUGACUAUGUUUUAUUUAACCAGAAGGACCUUUCCCUAAUGGUACAUUAGCGAGAGCAUCAGGCAUUCUU